CCCGGAAGUGUUGCCAUGGCGGCGCUGAGUGGUCUAGUGUCUUCGCUGGAGUCCUAUAGAGGAAGGGACCGCUUGAUUAGGACCUUGAGCUAUGGCUGUCAGCUGAUUGGUGGGCUCCUGGCUGAGCAGUCUUCCGUCAGAUCUGAAGUAGGGAAGAGGCUUCUGCUGAUUUCUGCACAGCUCAGCCACUGCAGGACUGUCUUGCGGUUGUUUGAUGACCUGGCUAUGCUUGCAUACAGCAAGCAGUAUGGCCUGGGUACUAAGGAGGAAGAUGCUAUCAUCCGCUGCCUGUCUGUCGUCAAUAACCUUGCUGAUCAGCUCUAUUACCCUUGUGAGCACGUUGCCUGGGCCGCUGAUGCUAAGAUUAUUCACAUCAACUCUACCAGGUGGUGGAUACUAAGUACAGGCCUUUGGGGCCUUUCGCUUCUCCUAGGAAUUGGACGAUCACUGAAGAUUAUACUGAAUCUGAGAAGGAAAUUGAGAAAUCCUGAAGGAAAAGCUGCUAGUAUAUCUUUUAGAAGAGGAAAGAAGAUGAUUGAAACUCAGAUGAAGUCAGAAAUUUUAACCCUUCUUAGCAAUGUGGCUGAUCUAGCCAAUGCCAUCCACUGGUUGCCUCCAGGAUUCCUCUGGGCAGGACGAUUUCCUCCAUGGCUGGUGGGUCUCAUGGGCACCGUGUCCUCUCUCAUUAGUGUAUACCAAGCAUCUGGGUCUCACUCUGAAAAUACUGAUGACUCUUGACAGUGACGACAUUGACAUUGAAGAACACAAGAAUGUGAUGGAAAACUCUUGAUCAAAGCAGGGGUUACUAGGGUAAAAAGCUGGGCUUUUAAUUACUCAAAAUAAUGAGAUGACUGGGAAAUUUAAGAAAGAGAUCCAAAAAUUGCUAUAGCCUAGGUGAAAGAGGGCAGGGCUUAGGCUUAAUUUAAAGGAAUAAGACCUAUGGAGGUAUGUGGGCCUGAUGGAUAAAGCAGAUAGGACAGAAGUGAGACAUCUUUUGGCCUCUUGUUUUGCAAAACUCCAACAGUGUCAUAGUGGAUUCAAAGGGAUAGUUGAGGCACUGCUACCUAUGGAAAGAACCUUGCUAUUCAUAGUCCAUAGAGAGGGAAAGUUGGGAACCUGGCUGAGCAGGCUCUCUGGCCGUCUCUUCCACUCCAGCCUCAAAGCACCAGGCUUCUUGUUGGUGGGAAUUAUGGAAUUGCCAGUAUUUGUGGGCAAAGGCUAGGACUUCCCAGCUGUCCAGGGCUUGUUCUGCAGAUUGAGGACCAAAUACCAUCUUCCUCAGGUCAGCUUAAGUUGUAAACCUUGGCAAGGCCUCAUGGAGAUUUAGCUUUGUGAAUGGUUGGGCUAUUCUGUAAGCCACUGACUUCUCAGGGAUCAGCCAACAUUAGUAUCUAAUAGGCUGCUUUGCCUUACCUUAGAUCUGUCUUUAAAUAAUAACAUGUUAGGAAGGGGGAUUUCUUUUAGCUUGGUUAACUGAAACUCAGUUUCUUCUCACUUUUUUGUUAGACAACAGGAAAUGUUUCUUUUGCUGACAUUUGCAAAGCAUGAGAUGUAGCAGAAAGAACCCUGGCCUGGGAAUCAGGGGCCUUGGGUUCCUAUGGGGGCUUGGUCAAUUCAUCGAACUUCUCUGUUCCCUAGCCUAUAAUAAUAUUUUAUACUUUCUUCCACAAAUAUAACAAAGACCAAAUGAGAUAUCUAAAACACCACACAAUUGUGAGGCAAUCUUAUCCUUGGAGUCUAAAAGCAAAUCAGCUAGAUUUUGUUUUUGAAAAUAAGUUUUAAAAAUAUUAUGUGCUAAUGACAAACAAAUGAAACUUUGCUCUGAUAAACAAGAAUCCUCUAAUAUGUAUCUAAUAAUAAAACGAAAAGUAGAAGAUCAA